GUGCAGAUCCGUAGGGUAGCCUUUUGCAGCUGAUAGAUGGUAAUUUUAUCAGGGCUGAUUGUUUUCAAGUGCUGGCCAAGAUCUUUAGGCACGGCACCCAGUGUGCCAGUCACCACUGGGACCACUUUACUGGCUUGUGCCAGAGUCUUUGUAGUUCGAUCUUUAAAUCCUCAUGUCAUUUCAGCUUUUCCAGUUGCUUCUCGUCAAUCCUGCUAUUGUUGUUGUUAUUGUUGUUAUUAUUAUUACAGUAGAGUCUCACUUAUCCAACAAACGGGCCGGCAGAAUGUUGGAUAAGCAAAUAUGUUGGAUAAUAAGGAGGCAUUAAGGAAAAGCCUAUUAAACAUCAAAUUAGGUUAUGAUUUUACAAAUGAAGCACCAAAACAUCAUGUUAGACAAUAAAUUUGGUAGAAAAAGUAGUUCAAUACGCAGUAAUGCUAUGUAGUAAUUAUGAAUUUAGCACCAAAAUAGCAUGAUAUAUUGAAAACAUUGACUACAAAAAUGUGUUGGAUAAUACAGAAUGUUGGAUAAGUGAGACUCUACUGUAUAUGGUAGUUGUCAUACACAGCAGAUCAGAGGUGAGAAUAUGUUGGCGCCAGAUUGUGUUACUUCAAUCCUUCCUCACCCUUGCUGCCCUCCAGUGCUGUUGGGAGCUGCACAUCAUAAAUAUCUAGAUAUAUUAACACUAUUCUCACCCCAAAACUAGACAGUAAUGCUAACCACUAUUGAGCCAGCCCCCUCCUCAAUGUGUAGCUUAAUAGAUGAAUCUUUUUCUUCUUGAAGGAACAUAGAAUUUCCUUGUUGCAACAACGGCUGCUGGUCCAUAUUCAGGCACAGUCAGAAGGCUGGUUUCAAUCUAUGGAUCCAUAUAUUGCUCAGGUCAAGGUUAUUUCAAGGACUACAUUUUUAAAUAUGAAUCACUCUGUGUUUUGAGAUUUGCUGAGAAUGCCUUUCUUUCUAUCCCACCAACUUCACAGGUGAGAACAUAGGAGAGGGCCUUCUCAGCCCCCAGGCUCUGAAAUUGUUUUCCAGGGUGCAUCAACACUUUAUAAUUAAUGCAGUUUGACACCACUUUAACUGCCAUGGUUCAAUGCCAAGGAAUCCUAGAAGUUGUUUAUUAGUGAGGCACCAUAGAAAGCUAAAGAUUUUGUAAAACGGCCAUUCCCAGGAUCUUUACAGCAUUAAGCCAUGGCAACUAACCUGAUGUCAGACUGCAUUCUACAGUGUAUGUAGAUGCACCUUCAGAGAAGUUAUAUUAGCACCCUCCCUGCUUUCUAAGUGCUCUCAAGUAAAGACUUUUCUGUUUCAACAGGAGUUUGAAGAUUGAUUGUAUGAGGUAUAUGCUACCUAAGCAUGCUGGAUUUUUCUAAUGGAUGUAUAUGUGUUAUUUAAUGGUUUGUUUUCUGAUCAUUUAAGCUCUUAAUUUUUGUAUUUUGUAAAACGAUGUGCUUUUUAAUCUAUUGUGACAUACUUUGACUCUUGAACUUGGAAAAAGGUAGAAGAUAACAACAACAACAAUAUACUUAUACACAAAGCACUAGAGGGAAGAAAGCAAUAACGUUUUCUGAAUGCUUUAUACAUUCGUUAUUUAAGUACUCAUUGUUGGAUUUGUUUGUGUGUAUAUGAAAUGUAAAUCAAGUGUUUCUGCUGUUUUGCAAGAGUGUGUGUUUCAGCAGUGAAACAGUUAACAGCAGGCCAGUUUGACUGACAGCCUGCUGUGACCUAUGAGACAUGAUUUCCGGCCUUGGAGGUCGGAACUUCCUUCAGACUAAGGAAUGUUUUUCUUAUCUCUUGUACUCUGUGAGCGACGGGACAAGCCGAAGAGUGCCGGCUUCGAGCUAUGGACUUUGCUGCUUUGGAGUCACAUCUCUUGACUGUGGGAUCCUGGAUGGAAUCUGGUUCGAGCCACAAAGUUGCCACAGAGGUCCUGUAGAUGCACAACAGCUGCAUUUUAAAUACCCCUGAAUUUAAAUUUCGUAGCAUUGGGAUUCCUGUGCACUGACAUGGUUUGAAAACUUGAUGCUAUUUCACCUACUACUUAGCAUUUCCAAGGUUUGAUUUUAUGCUUUAGCUCAAUAUGUGAAAAUAAGUCUGACAGUCCUAUACUCAGAAAACGAAGCACUUCAAAACAAAGCAGCCCACAUACUGUCUGAUUCCAGGGAGAAACAUAAACAAUGGAUGAUGAUUUCCUGGCUUCCUCCAUGCUUUCGGUGCCUUCCUCUUUCCCCGAGAGCUUAGAGAUGGCAAUGGAAGUGGAGGCCCAAUCCUCCAGGCUCUUCAACUUCUCCUGUGCUUCAGACCUUACAAAUGGAGGGAAAAGCUUUUCUCCUGAUUCUUACUUAGCAAGUGGGUCUUUUAAGAGGAUUUUGCUGGGAUUAGAUCCUUUUCCAACUGAUUAUGAGGAAGACACUGUGGAAUUAUUUGGUUUUCAGUGGGUCACCGAAACUGCUUUAGUUGAGUCUUGUACGCUUCUCUUUGGAUUAUUCAGGCAGCAAAUACAGAAACUGGAAAUCCUCCUUCAAUCAAAUGACUUUGGUCAGGCUGCCCAACUUCACUGGGAGGCCCAUGAUGUCAGACAGCAGUGUACUGAAUUUCUACAGUAUGUGAAAAUGUUCAUCUUCAGAUAUCUGGAAACACAUGUAAUGGAAGAAGAUGAGCUGCUCCAUCCAUAUGAGAAACAAGAGACACAGCUGCCUUCCUUGCUGGUUGAGGAACUCCAUUCUUUGACACUACAUAUUGGACAUUUACAUGAACUUCCUAGUUGUGUUUUGGGAGGAUUUACCAUUUUGCCUCAAGCUAAGUUAUUUCCACCUUCAUGGCAUUUGCUGCAUCUUCACCUGGACAUCCAUUGGUCAGUGCUGGAAAUUCUUCAUAUUCUUGGUGAAAAGAUGCCAAGGCAAACUGUGUAUGCUCACAGGUUCAUAAAUUUAACGGGUGAAAAUUUAACCAAUGUCAGUUUAUUUGAAGAACAUUGUGGAAACCUCUUACAUGAUAUGAUAAGUUUUUCAGCAAACAGAUAUACAAAGAUAAGGCCUCCUGAAGCCCUGAACAGUCCCCACUAUCCUUGCAUCUGUGUGAAGGAAUUGUGGGUUCUGCUUAUUCAACUGCUUGACCACAGAAAUAAAGGAUCUCACACCGAGUCAUUCUGGAGUUGGUUGAAUAAAAUCCUUAAAAGUGUAUUUGAAAAAAACAAUGGUACAGAAGAAACGCCUUCUUUUGGAUCUAUUCCAUGUAAUGAUCCAUUGAGCUUUAGUUGGUGGAUUAUAACUCACCUGGCACCACUCUACCACAUUGAUCGAAAUGGACACGUAGAUAAAGAGAAACCAAUAGAAUCCAACUGGCCUUAUGUGGAAGGUUUAUUGAAGCGGUCCAUUAAUAGUCAAAUGGGGAUAUUAGAAGAACAGUUGCGAAUGCAUCUUCAGUGCUGUUUGACAUUGAGCUACAUCUGGGAUGUGAACCUAUCUGCUGUCACCAUACUCUGGGAAUAUUACAGCAAGAAUCUGAAUAGUUCCUUCACUAUUCCUUGGAUUGGUCUCAAAGGACUUGCAAACAUUACUAAAACUCCCCUGUCUAUGCACAAGGUGGUAAAGAACUGUUGUGGUGAUAUACAUACUCCUGAUUUGUAUACAUCUAGCAAUAGUUAUCAAAUUUUUCUUUGCAUUUUGGCACAAAUAAUGAAGAAAGCAGUGAGGACCAGUGGUGUUCAUCCAUGGAAGCAGAUCAAAGGAAGAAUUUAUUCCAAAUUCCACCAGAAGCGGAUGAGAGAACUGACAGAGGUGGGGCUGCAAAACUACUUCUAUCUUUUCCUUCUGCUGGCAGCUAUUGCAGAGACAGAGGACGUUUCCAGCCGCAUGACAGAACUCCUGCGCUGUUUCAGCCCAACUUCCACUAGCAUCCCACUGAGAGCUCUGAUCUGGAGAGGAUACUUUGCCUUUAUGUUAACAUAUGUUGAGAAGAACAUGGACAUCAGUGUUCUAGCGGAAGAAAUCUCAAAUGCCUUCCAUGAAAAGGCAAAGGAGUUUUUGGUAGGAAGAAAUGACCUCAUGCAAAAGCAAAAUCUCUGGAUGUUGCUUUCUACCUACCUUGAUGGUGUCCAAGACGUUUUUGAGAUCAGCCGUUGCUUGAAUCUGUCUGAGGAAAAGCUGUUGAGUGAAGGUUUUAGCAUGUUGCUCCCAGGAUGCCGAGGAGCAGAACUUUCAACAGUGCUAAAUCUCUUGCAAGAUGUCCUGUUCAGGCUGAGGGCUGUGCAUAAACAGUUAAGCCAAGGGCUGCCAUUAGGGAAUAUGGUCCCAAACGCUCAGGCAGCGUCGGUGGCGAAAGAGCACCAUCUGGCUGUGGCUAAAGCUCUCUGGAGAAAUUUCUUUCCAUUCCUGAAGAGUCAGAGAACAAUGCAGACACCACCUCCUCAGCUUGCAGAUGCAGCUGCAGGUUUUACUUUACUAGCUUUGGAUAUGCCCAGUACCUGUCCAUCAGAAAUUCAGCCUCAGCCAGUUUUGUCAAUGAUGCAGUUGUUUGGAUGGGAUGAUAUGGUUUGUCCCAGGCUUGUUUCAAGAUACCUGAGUCACAUAAUACAGAACAGUGCACUGUCUGAAACUUUUGCUAGCAUGGGUCAGAUGUCCUUCCAGGCCUUGUUGGUACACUCCUGGUUUCGCUGUGUUUUGCAAAUGUUUAUCUAUCACCCUCUUAACAUUUCGGUCAGGACAGAUGUUGAGCAAACAGCUGAAAAGAAUCACAUGGAUCAACUAGUCGAGCUCACAAGACUGAUCCUUAAGCUACCAGAAGUAGAAGCUGUUUUCUCAAAAGCUCAUGUUAAUGUUCCUGUCUGUAGGCAAGAUCCCAAGGAAGCUGUUAUUCAGUUUGUGAAGGCCUUUGGGAAAAACUAUAGUAGUCUUCAAACACUAGCUGAAAAAUCAACCACAGUGACCAAGGCGCUAGAAUACAUUGGUGAUGUAUUAAAACAUGUAAAACCUUACUUAAUGAAGAAAGGACCUGCAGAAGGAUUCCACCUCAGUUACAGGAUUAUAGGAUGUCUUGUGAAGUCAUGGGCACCCAUACUGGCGACUACCAAGGCCCAACCACUCUUGUUCCGCAUAAUAGAUUGUUUGCUUUUGCCCCAUGCGGUAUUCCAGCAAGACAAAGGGCUGCCUGCAGCGAUGCUGUCUGCCAUUCGGGAGAAUCUUCCUCUCUUUGUUCAGGGUUUGUCCUUCAUAUGCUGUCAGUCUCAAACACAAGGUGCCUAUUUGAAUCAGUUGUUAGGGAAUGUUAUCCAACAGUAUUUGGGUCGCUUCUUUCCUUCAUCAUCAUCUGCAUCUCGAACUGGGCAGCAUCCAAUUUUGCUGGCAAUGUGCAGUUCCCCCACCAACAUGCUAGGAGCCUUGCAUCUAUAUAAGAUCACAAUGCAAGUCAUAAGUGAAAAUUACCUACAGUUCAAAGGCCAUGCACCUCCAUCUAAUCUAGCACCAACUCUAGCUUUUAUACUUGAAGCAUUGAGGAAGACUAAAACUACUGAAAUGUAUGAGGUUGAUGUGUUCCUCCCUCCUGUGUUGAAAUGCCUUCUGUUGGUUAAUGAACCUCUAGUUAAAAAACUGUCUACAGAAAUUCUGCAGUGUGUGGUAGAAGGCUGCCAAGCAAGGUCAGAAGGAGAGUUUGCCACCCAACUGACUUCUGUGUUUAGGCAGUUCAUCCAGGAUUACACUACUGUAUAUGGUAAUCAGGUUUACAGCAUCUUGGAAGCAGUGGCAGUCUUGGACCAGUCUCUAGUUAUCAGCUUGAUUCCUGCUAUGACAGAAGCCCUGAGGAAUUCAGAGUACAAACAAGGUCUUGGCAGAAACACUUUGCAAAGGGAGGCCUAUAAAAGACUCUUAUCUCAGCUCACAGAAGCUGGACAGAUGGAGAUACUGAGACUGGAAAAUGAGACCCAUUAGCAACCCGUUGAUUGGUAUUUUCAACAGUCAUUUCCUAGAAUGCUAGUGCUGGGUACAGGGUGCAUCCGCCCUGUCUAUAGGUACAGAGUAUAUCUGGUUCAUUUUAUGAGAACAUGCAAGCUGCCCUUGAGCAGCUUUCGAUUCAGCCUUUUAAUAUAGUGGGGAAAGGAGGGCAGAACCUUUAUCUUUCAAUGAACUCCUGAAUCCUUUCUGGAGGAAAACAAUGCCAAAUAGAAGAAACUUUGUUGUUUUGCUGAAGAUUCAUCUUUUAAUUUAAAAAUAAAAGUUGGAAAAGCAGGAAAGGCCAUUUUUACCUGUAAUGGUGUUUUUCCCCCCUGCUCUAAUGAAUCAAUACACUUUGGCUGUCAGGCCUUUUCAUUUUGACACUUUGAGUGAUGUUUUGCACACAAACACUUCAUAUGAGGCUGGUGGCUGCAAGAGGUCCAAUCUAAGCAAGGGCAGGGUUAGGUCAGGAUGUUUGAGCCACCUGAUGUUAACAGAAGAGCUUGUGUCGGCGCUGCAUGGAAGGGUGACAGCUGUCCUAGCAUUGUCCCUGUAUUAAAAACGUGUAGAUGUGUUUCGCGGUAUUCAACCUCUAACCUCCUCUGUGUUGUCCUUGUGCGUUUUUGCUGGUGGUGUAGCCAGCGCUCCCAGUCUUGAAUAGCAAGAAUUGAUUCAGCUAUAAGAACAGCUACCCGGGUUACUAUAUGAGUGUCACCUUUUCCUUUUUCCAACUCUUCCUCCCAAUCUUCUAUGACAGAAGAUGUAAAGAUCCUUGGGGAGUUUAGCCAAACUCAGAAGUGGAGGAAGGAAUGCAGGUGCAAACAUCGCAAUUCAAAUCCCUCCUUAAUGUUUUUUUUUUUUUUUACUAACAUCCCAUACGAUUACAUUUUGUGUAUCGUAAAUUGGAUUUGUUAGAUAUUUCAGGAUGUUCUCAGCUAUGUCAUAAGUCUCCCUAUAAUUUACAGAUUUAUUUGAUGCACACUUUUGUUAAAUUACACAAUCUUAGUGACUUGGAGUAGAGUUUUGAAUUGUAGCAGUGAAUUGUAAGGACUUGGUAGAAAACCCAGUGAAACAAACUGCAACUUUUCAGAGCUAAUAAUGAGAGACUGUUUUUUGUGUCUUAUCAAUUACUGCCAUGGAAACUUCCCUAUAAUCUUGUUCAGAGCCUUUCUGUAUUGUUAUAGUAUUCUUAUGUAAAGGUAGCAGAUUAUCUCUUUCCUAAAUCAACUAUCAUUACUUCAGAUAAUACAGUAACUAAAAGCCUCUUUCAGGCUACUUAAUAGUGUAGAGCAUGGAUGUUCUUUUCAUUAUGAAAGUGACUUAUUGAACCCACAUUGUAGCUUCUUGUAAGCUCCUACACCUGGGAGGAGUUUUAUUCAUCUCAAAAGGCCUCUGUUUCUAAAAGGUUUUCUUAAAAAGCCUCUUCAAGUGAGAUGCCUUCGAAAUCUAAGUCUUUACCAUUCAGCAGAUAACGGAAACAGAAGUCUGUCUUUAGCAUUAACUUCUUGAAAGUGAAGCCUUUGACUUUUAAGAAAAUUGAAGAACAUAUUGUGGGAAAUUGUUUAACUUGAGUGCAUAUUAUUUCAAGCAUAAUUAAUACGUAACUGGAAAUACCAUUGCUUUCUACAAGAGUAAUUUGUGAACAAUUACUCUUUUAAUGCUUCUGGUUAAGCAGUGGCUAUUAACAAGCCUAUUAAUAAGCAGGUUUUUAAAUGUUAUAUCAAAUAACAUAUGCCAAAUAUGGGCUGGGGGGCCCAUUCUGAAGGCCUCACUGUUCAAGAGAUCUAGUCCAAGAUGGAGUCCUCCAGUCACAUGAACUAUCUGGAACUGUUUAAUGGUCGAGAAAGCCUUGAGGGCAUUCAAACCCUCACUUGUUGGAGCACGUGAUCCAAGUCCUCACGGACAACACCACCACAAAAUUCUAUAUAAACAAACAAGGUGGGACACAUUCUGCCCCUUUUUUGAUGCUUGCCAUUCAUAUAUGGGAUUGGUGUAUUGGCAGAGGGAUUCACCUUAUGAAGAAAAUACUCUAGCCGAUCACCUAAGCAGGACUUCGCUCAUGUAUCACGAGUGGUCCCUUCAUCCCAUUGAGGUGUGGUCUCGCUUCAAACGACGGGGCAAUCCGGAGUUGGAUUUAUUUGCGACUGAGGAAAAUACCAAGUGACCUCCCUACUGUGCGCGUCAGCCUGAGCCGGGUCCAGGGCUGCUUAGGGGACGUGUUCCUUUUUGUUUAAAGCCAUCACUUCCUCUAUGCGUUCCCACCGAUCCCUCCUUAUUCGAGUGGUGUCCAAAUUGCAAGUAGGCAAUGUGGUGGCCGCAACAACUGUGGUUCUCUCCCCUUCUCGAGAUGUCCAGGGGUGAGUUUGUGCACCUCUUAAACUGCUCAGAUCUCCCCACAUCCCGGGGGGUCAAGUUCUCCAUCCGGAUGUACACCACCUCAAAUUAAUGACUUGGCAGAUUUGAUCCAAUCAGUGAGGGCUAUUAUAGAUGCAGCCCAAAGAGCCUCAACUAAGUGCUCUUAUGUUUACAAAUGGACUUUGCUAUUAAAAAAGGAGCUGACUCAGCUUCGGCGACAGUUUCCAUGGUUUUGGAUUUUUUGGUUUCACUCUCAGAUAUGGGUCUCUCCCUUGAUUCCUUGAAAUGCUACCUUGCGGCCAUAUAUUGGUACAGGAAGAAAGCGGGUCUCCUGUCAUGUUUUUCAGAUAGGUCUUUUUCUUUGGGGCUUCAGGAAUAUGAAGCCUUCUGUUGCCCCCUUGGUUCCAUCUUGGAGCCUAGAGGUUGCGCUUUCCUCCAUGGUUAAGCCUCCCUUUGAACCUUUGGCUUAGACCAGGGGUCCCCAAACUACGGCCCGCGGGCCACAUGAGGCCCCUCGAAGGCAUUUAUCCGGUCCCCACCAUCCUCUGAGGAAGGUGCGUGCUGCUGCCGCCUUUCCAGCCAUCUUCCUCUCACUACACAAGCCUUGGAGCUUUGCCUUUUGGGCCUUUCCUCCCUCUGGUGCACGAGCCUUUGAGCCUUUCUUGCCUUCUCCCUCUCGCUGCCUUGAAACCUUGUGUAAUGAAGUAUGAGUUUUGUAUUCAUGUUUGUUGUGUUUAACUAUGUGCUUGUGGUUUGGUUGGCUAGGUGUGAGACGGCGGCAGCCAUUUAGUGGCUCUCCUCUGAGGUAGUUGCCAUGGAGAUGUGGGCAGAGCCAUCUGCCGAGGGGAGGAGAAGUGAAGAGGUUUUUAAAAGUGAAGCCUCAGUCUGUGCUCUGAUGAGGCACAGGGAAGAUUGAUUUCAGGUUGAUGGGAUCAAGGAGACUCAAUUGUUCAUUUUGAGUCGGUUUCAAAUAAAUUUGGUGACUUAUUUAAUGUAGUCUGUGUCCUGGAAAGGCACAGAGAUUCUGUGAUAGUAUAUCACAGGGGUGACUAUGGUUUGAAGUUACUGGAUAGUCCAAGUUUCAGACUUUGGGAACCAAUCCCAGCUGGACUCACAGAGAUCCAUUGAAGUAACAGUUUAGAAAGGAGCAGAGGAAGAAGUUUUAACUACUUUAGGUAAAAGAAGUGAUACUUUAGAGAGUUUGAUUCAUCUCAUUCUAGUAUUGUAACUGUUAAUAAGAAUACCUCUAAGUGAAACAUCUUUUGUAACCACCAAGCUUGUGCCUGAAUAAACUUGAUAUUGUUCUUUUUA